UUUUCUUUUAUUGUUUUCAUCAUGCCCCGGAUAAGACCUGUGUUGUUUGGUGUGAUAGUUGCGUCAGCCAUUACAUACAAGUGUCGAGAUGAUUUGUUGCGCGAUACCCAGUCGAUUAGUCACCGCUUAAAUGAAGCCAAAUCACGGUUGGACCAGGCCGCCAGUCGCUCCUAUUUGGAAGCCAAACGUGCACGAUCUUCGUAUAUGGACAAUGUUCCCAUUCUCGCUGAUUCUCAGCGUUAUGUAUCGAAAGAGCUUGUUCCUUCCGGUAAAGUGGUGCUUCUUGUGCUGAUAUAAUUGUGACUCUGUUCAUUCACUGUGAAUUGAAUUGUUCGUUUUCUAGUUAAACAUUCCUGGAAUGAGCAAAUUAAAGACGCCGCUCACACCAUCUCCACGACCGACUACAGUGCGCAAGCAAAAUCUUUGUGGAAUAAGAUCAUCGAAAGCAUCAAAUAGACAACAAUAUAAUCAAUAUAACCAUUGUUUCGUUUGAAACGUUGCAUGACAGAUAUUCACCAUAUCAUUUUUGCCAAUCUCAAGGCAUUAGCAUAAUAUGACACGCUUUUGGCCGUUUUCGUAUUCACUCUCACUCGCACACAAUGCAUGAGUAUCGGUUUUUCUUUGGGUUUAAAAAAUUCAAAGUAAGGAGGACCUCCCACACAAUGGACAAACAUUAAGGACAGGUG